AUGAUGGAGGACUUCAAUAUUCCCAGCAAAGAACGAACCAUCCUGUUGGAAACCCUUCAAGAAGUAAUAGGCAAUGUACCACCAUACUUCUGGGCUAUCUGCCAUAGUACUCAAGGGUCAUCACGUAUUUCAACUCCGAACACAAUCCAGAGAAAACAGGGCUUGGGCUCAUCUCCUGGUUCUCCGCUUGCUAAGAAGCAAAAGACUACCGAUUCACCUGCCAGUCCCCCGCUUGCUGAGAGGCAGAUGACUACCAAGUCACCUGUUAGCUCACCAGUAUUGCGUCGUCGAAGCAAGGUAGCCUCGGAUCUGGCUAGAGAACGAGACGGCCACUGUUGUGUUCUUUCUGGCGAAUCAGUUAUUGAAGUAGCACACAUCUACCCAUUUUGCCGACUAUCAACUUCGGAAGAGAAUGUCUUUGGGGUGAGACACAUGUUUUGGGAGUAUUUGAAGAACCUCUGGUCGGAGGAGACAGUUGCUGCUUGGCAAGCGGAACUAUUUCCAAGGGGUUUAUCUGAAACAGGAGACGAAAGGGUUGAUAACCGAAUAACAUUAUCAGUGACCGCACAUCGCCAAUGGAACCGAGGGGCAUUUGCCUUAAAGCCAAUCUCUAUCUCCGAUGAGGACACCACAUUGAAAGCAACAAUGAGUCUUUUGACUAUACCACUUUCCACUGAGGACCUCGAUCACAAUGACGGUGCCUUCGACCACGGCAAUACUACCCUAAAUUGUUCCGGGCCCAAAGCUAUCAAAUCCGGCCAAAUCUUUGAGCUCAAAACUACUGAUCCAAUAGAGAAACCGCUCCCAAGUUUCAAGUUCCUUGAGCUCCAAUGGGCUCUAACGCGUGUAAUAGGCAUGUCUGGUGCUGCCUUUCCGUAUGAACCAAGUUCUGGAGACGACUCGGACGAGGAUGUUCCUGGUUUGGAUUUAGAUGAAGUAGGAGGCACGCCUGUUUUUUCGGAUAUUCCUCAAACAAACCCGCCAGAACUGCUACACGAAGUCAACAAACUCCUUGUGAAAAGUCUUAACCAUUGUACAGAGGAAGCGGAGGGGGAUAGAGUAGGAAUGGGUAGUGACUAUUGUCGAGAUAAUGGUCAUAUUCACCUAGGUAAUCGUAGUAGCCAUUAG